GCGAUAUUGUUCGCUACGGCGAACACCUACCGAGAACAAUACGUUGAAGUGCAUUUCUACUUGUUUCAUUGUCGCGAAAUCGACAUGCAUGAUAAAACAAUGUAACUACGAUUGCGGAUUCUUUGGAAAUGCAUUACGCGUGUGAAAGAGGUACGUUGGUUUCGCUAAAAAUGUGUACCACAUGUGACGUUUUGUUUUGGGACGAUCAUCAUCUUCCGUCGCUAUUAUUACGAGGACACAAUGACAACGACGUUUCAUUGAAGAUUCGUAAAGAAGAUCGUCGCGGGCGUGCUUCGGAGAGAAAAUGAGAACUGAAGAUAUCAUUAGUUGUACAAAAGAACACGACGUUAUACAGUUUUCUUGUCGUGUAAAUGAAUUUUGUUUUCCAAGGAGGAUAGAAUUUCGACUUUGCUCAACUGACACAUGGAACUGUGCAAUAAAUCAUUUUAUAAACAAUGCUACUCAAUCCCUUCGCACAGAUACUCUUCCUUGUUGGACUGCUCCUUUGCGUCACCGAUCCGACGGAACAGUCCGACGAGUCUGACCAUUUUCAGUCCUUGAAACAAGAGAGACUUAAUACAGAGUUAGUACCGGAACAAGAUGAACCUCUCCUAAUAUUUUCUACACUAGAUGGUUCUCUUGUAGGUAUAGAACAACGCUCGGGAAACAUACUUUGGCGGCAAAGCGAUGAGCCAAUUGUCAAAGUACCGGUUGAUAUUUCACGAGCUUCCACGACGCCAAUGUUUUUACCAGAUCCAAAAGACGGUUCCUUGUACAUAUUCGGAGCAGAAACCGAAGCUUUGAAGAAACUACCGUUCACUAUUCCUCAGCUUGUGGCGAACAGUCCUUGUCGUAGCAGCGACGGAAUAUUAUACACAGGUAGAAAGGUAGACACAUGGUUCACCGUGGAUCCUCGAACUGGACAAAGGGAGCAACUCCUAGGAUUUGACACAGCGAAAAAUACUUGUCCUGUAGAAAUGCAGGAUGGCGUUUUUGUGGGUCGUACAGAAUACAAUAUCAUUAUGGUAGAUAGCAAACGAAAAGACAGAAAAUGGAAUGUUACAUUCUAUGACUACUCUGCAGCAAAAAUGGAACCAGAAGGAGUAGAAAGUUACGAUUUAGUUCAUUUUACAACGAGUUCCACCGGACGUAUUGUCACUGUAGAUAGAAGACUAGGAAUUGUACUCUGGGAGCUGGACGUGCAGAGUCCGGUAAUAGCGGUGUAUGUAGUGAGAAAGGAAGGCUUGCUUACAAUUCCCUUUACCAGUGUUGCGGAUGGAACGUUGGAUCUUCUUUUGAAACGUUUCGCAAACAAACCGAGCGACAUUCAGUUGUUUCCGACAUUGUACAUUGGUCAACAUAGGCACGGAUUUUACGCGUUACCGUCUCUGGUCGAUUCAACAACGGCUACGAUCUCGAGUAAUAUUGGACAGUUGUUGCUGGAGGGACCGUUGUCGGUUUCACAGAUGGACAAAAAUGAUAAUACAAUUCCAAUUUCCACCGACGAUCGUGCGUAUGCCGAUGAUAGCACCGAUACUGUUGCUCGGUCGGAUUAUCAAACGGUCAUCGCGUUAGGACAUUACGAAAUACCUGCUGAAUACAAACUACAAGAUGAGCAACCACUUCAGAUUACCGGUCGAUCUGAUCCUGUGAUCGAAACAUUGCCCUCCUCGUUACGUUACUUGAAUUCAACGAAAGAAACGCUGCUGACACUUGACUUGGAAAACGACAGCAGAUCUACCGGCAGCGUGGUGGGCAGUGCGUCGUGGCGCGAGUUGUUACGACACGCGUACAUCGCUAGCAAAAGCUGGUUCCAUCAACAGGAAAACAAAGGACUGAAAUUGGCACUGGUCGCGUUAUCGGGAUGUAUUUUAGCGAUGUAUUGGUAUUUAAAUGCACAGGUCAAAGAGUUUCAACAACGAUCGCAGGGUUCACGAGAAAGCAGCCGCACGAGCAAUGAUUAUUAUUAUUAUUAUUAUGGAAUGCGAUCGAACGCCCUCGCUGUCCCGGAAGAUAUAGGCGAAGGAGUGGUAAAAGUUGGAAAGAUCACCUUCGAUACCGGGCAAGUGUUGGGUAAAGGAUGCGAAGGAACUUUCGUGUACAGAGGUGAAUUCGAUGGCCGUUCUGUAGCGGUGAAACGUUUGUUACCGGAUUGUUUCACGUUCGCCGAUCGAGAAGUAGCAUUGCUCCGAGAAUCUGAUGCGCAUGCGAAUGUUGUUCGGUACUUUUGCACCGAGCAGGAUCGGAUGUUUCGAUAUAUCGCGUUGGAACUAGCCGAAGCAACUUUACAAGAUUAUGUCGCGGGACAAUACGAUAGACGAAAGAUAACUGCAAAAAACAUCCUACGACAGGCUACGUCGGGAUUAGCGCACCUACAUUGUCUCGACAUCGUGCACAGGGACAUCAAACCCCACAACGUAUUGUUAUCUGCGCCGGGACCACGUGGAGAAGUUCGAGCCAUGAUAUCUGAUUUUGGUCUGUGCAAGAAACUUCAAUUAGGUCGUGUAUCCUUUUCGCGUAGAUCUGGUGUAACGGGAACCGACGGUUGGAUUGCGCCAGAAAUGUUAAAUGGGAACAGAACGACGUGUGCCGUAGACAUAUUUUCUCUCGGUUGCGUUUUCUAUUACGUUCUUUCUGAUGGAAAACAUCCAUUCGGAGAUUCGUUACGACGACAGGCCAACAUUCUUUGCGGUGAGAGCAACUUGACGGCUCUUCACGGUGGAAUUUCAGAAAGCGACAAGGAUCUCGCAUUGGUGCUAAUAAAGGCUAUGAUUGCUAGUGAGCCAUCGGAACGACCACCGGUAAUGGCAGUCCACGAGCAUCCCAUAUUUUGGGAGCCCUCGCGAAUUCUUGCAUUUUUUCAGGAUGUGAGCGAUCGAGUAGAGAAAGAACAGAACGAUAGUCCAGCUUUAAUCGCAUUAGAAACCGACAGCCAUCGAAUUGUACAGAGUGACUGGAGAUUAUUAAUCGAUGUGGAAGUUGCAACCGAUCUUCGAAAAUAUAGAAGCUACCGCGGAGAAAGCGUUAGAGAUCUUUUAAGGGCAUUAAGAAAUAAGAAACAUCAUUACAGAGAACUAAGCCCGGAAGCUCAAGAAAAUCUUGGAGAUAUUCCAGACAAAUUCACCGAUUACUGGCUUUCUAGAUUUCCCGGUUUGUUAUCACACGCGUGGUGCGCCAUGCAAGCGUUCCGCGACGAGCCAACUUUACGGAAUUAUUAUCAUGUUGAUUAUGAGUUUGUGAAGAAUAUUCGUAAUAUGGAAUCGGUGGAAGUCGAAGCAGAUCCGUAUUCUGAUGCGAGUUACGCGAUACCACCAAACCUUUCCUGUAAAGUACGACAGGAUAACAUCGAUUGGAGUCCGAACAAAACAAGAUACCGAGGGCACCGACGGAAAAAUGAAAAAAAGAAAAUCGAAGUACCGCUUGUCUGGACCGUACCAUCGUCGUCGAGUUAACAAGUCAUUUAUUAUUUUCAGUGUUUUCAUUUCUUUCUAUUAGAUCGAAACGUACGAGAAGACGAAGAGCCUGCACACUAGACUAUCGACUCGUGUCUGGGUUUACUCUUUGUAAAAAGAACAAUACAUGAUGCGCAAAUUAAAAGUAUUUGUAAA